UUAUCAUUCUUGCAUCUCACAGCAAAUUAAAAAACAAAAAAGAAUUUGUUCUAUCAAAACUCAUGACUUACAUGAUGAGUUGCUCAUUCUCUUCUUUUUCAUGUAUAGUACUUUUUGUGCUUGCAUUUUCUGCUUUUUCACUUCAAGCUGAAGCUCGAGCUUUUUUUGUGUUUGGUGAUUCACUUGUGGAUAAUGGUAACAACAACUACUUAAUUACUACUGCAAGGGCUGAUUCUCCACCUUAUGGCAUUGACUACCCUACUCGCCGUGCCACUGGUCGCUUCUCCAAUGGCCUCAACAUACCUGAUAUCAUAAGUGAGCAAUUGGGUAUGGAGCCAACAUUGCCAUACUUGGCUCCACAGCUCACAGGAGAUAGGCUUCUUGUUGGGGCAAACUUUGCUUCUGCUGGAGUUGGAAUCCUUAAUGACACGGGCAUCCAGUUUUUGAAUAUAAUCCGAAUUGGAAAACAGUUGGAGUACUUUCAACAAUAUCAAAGGAGGGUAACUGCUUUAAUUGGAGCAGAACAAACUCAACAGCUAGUGAACAGUGCCCUUGUCCUCAUCACACUUGGAGGCAAUGACUUUGUUAAUAACUAUUAUUUGGUCCCUUUCUCUGCAAGAUCUCGACAGUUUUCCCUCCCUGAUUAUGUUCGUUAUCUCAUCUCCGAGUAUAGAAAAGUAUUACAGAAGCUGUAUGACUUGGGAUCAAGAAGAGUGUUAGUGACAGGUACUGGACCACUGGGAUGUGUGCCAGCAGAAUUAGCACAGAGGAGUCCAACUGGUGUAUGUGCAGUGGAACUACAACGUGCAGCCGCUUUGUUCAACCCUCAAUUAACUCAAAUGGUGGCUGAUCUCAAUAAUCAACUUGGUGCUAAUAUCUUUAUUGCUGCUAACACCUAUACCAUGAACAUGGAUUUCGUCUCUAAUCCUCAGGCUUAUGGGUUUGUGACAUCAAAGAUAGCAUGUUGUGGACAAGGACCAUUCAAUGGAAUAGGGCUGUGCACACCAUUAUCAAACCUGUGCCCAAACAGGGACAUAUAUGCAUUUUGGGAUGCAUUCCAUCCAUCUGAAAAGGCCAAUAGGAUCAUUGUGCGGCAGAUUUUGACUGGUUCAGCCCAGUACAUGAACCCAAUGAACCUCAGCACAAUUAUGGCUUUGGACUCUAGGACCUAAUUAAGUGUCCUCUGUUAAUUUCUCCCAUUUAUGAUUAUUUGUGUCGUGCUUCAUUUUGAGUGUGGUAUCGAUCUUAAACUAUUAUUGGAUCGUUAUUUUUUUAUAUAUUUAUUAAAAUGUCAUAAAACUAGAGGAGUGAUGUUGGUUUAAUAUAUGUAUGUGCGAGAAUGGUUCUUGAUUUAUGGCCUUCAUUGUUAAUGGAAUUUCAGUUUCAUUCUGUGCUCAA